AUAAUUUUAAUAUUACAACUUUUUGCCUUUUUCAGAUACUGGGUUACUUUUCAGUAACCGCCAUUUUCUUUAAUCUCGCGAUGAAACCUCUCGGGAUCUAGACUUUAUAUGUUUGUGUAAAUACUUCCUGUCUAAUGGACGUUAGCCGUACGGUACGGAUAACGAUGUACACAAACCAUUAACAAUGGCGGCGGCAAACAUCGGUAACGUACAGGAAAACGUUAGAAAAAUUAGCAUUCAGCGGACAUGGUUGAACGAGAAGAGCGCGAACGUUAACUUUUUUGUGUGUCGGAUUACAUGAAGAAGGGGGUACCAGGCUUUGCACCAUUAAUGUGUCCUUUUUAAGCAGUGUCCAGAUGGGUGGGUGGACGGACGGACGGAGAGAUGGAUGGAUAGAUGGAUAGAACCAAAGCUGAUGCUGACAGACAAAUUUAGACGGUGCUAAAUAUGGCCUUCAUCAAGCAGAGGCUUCUAAUUCCUGCAGUGAAAUCCUCUUAGGAUCUACGCUCUAUUUCUGUUUGGUGCACGGGGUCUUUUUUGAAAUCUCCAUUAGGGCUGAGUCUCAUUGGCUGUAAAAGACGCACGCAUGCACGCAGAAACACACAGCAGCCAGCAACAGUGGGCUCAGAACUGACCGGAGCGACGCUAGUUACAGACACAAGAGGAAGACUUAACUGUGGGAGGUUACAAACCCUUAACAUGUCUGACAAACUGAUGGAUAUGGAGGAGACUGUGACCCACACGGGUCCAAAGGGAGUCAUAAAUGACUGGAGGAAGUUCAAACUAGAAAGUAUGGACCAAGACAAUUUGCCAUCGGCAAAAAAAGAACUACUCAGACAGAUGUCAUCACCCAACAAGACCGGAGAUGAUUCCAGAGGAAACCUCAACCGCAAGAUAAGCGUCCAAGAGUACGAACUGCUCAAAGAGGACGAUGAAGGCUGCCUGAAGAAGUACAGGCGGCGGUGCAUGCAGGAGAUGCACGAGAAGCUCAGCUUUGGGCCCAAAUUUGAAGGUGUUCAUGACCUGGACAGUGGCGAGGCCUUCCUGGAGGUCAUCGAGAAGGAGCAUCACAGCACCGUGGUGGUUGUACACAUCUACAAAAUUGGAGUCAAAGGCUGCGAGGAGCUGAACAACUGCCUCGACUGCCUGGUGUCCGAGUACCCCACUGUGAAGUUCUGCAGGAUUAAUGCAGUCACGUCCGGUGCUGCGGAGCGGUUCCGAGACGAAGUCCUGCCUACGCUGCUGGUGUACAAGGCUGGAGAGCUUCUGGGAAACUUCCUGGCCUGCACACAGCACCUGAGUGAGGAGUUUUUUGCCACUGACGUCGAGGCUUUCCUCAACAGCUAUGGCCUGUUACCUGAGAAAGAAGUUCCUGACAUGGAGGGUGAAGAAGAAAAUGAAGUAGAGUGAAACGAGGAGGAACACAGGAAGCUCUUUUGGAUAGGCCAUAAAUGUAAGAAAAUAUAUUUAUAUGAUGGUGUGCAGAUAGAAGAGUCACGAGUUCUCCUACUGAAAGAUCUUUUAGUGUUUUUCAUCUUUAAAAAAAAAAGUUAAAAACCAAAACAAAGCACCAAAGAAAUCCCUAAUUCAGUUAAAUGAUACAGUGGAGAAACAAAAAGUUUUAUUUGGAUUUUUUAAAAUGUUUUUAAAUGCAGUUACAAAAUGAUUUUCUCUACUUGGUUUUUGUGUCUGGACUGAUCUGUUAUACAAGUUAUUUAUCAUGACAAGGUGCGUACAGAGAACCACACCCUGACGUGAUUCAUUAGAAAUACAGUACAGUCCAGAUACGCAGCUGUUUUUUUUUUUUAUUAAACCGAAAAAAAUAAAAAACCCUCACACAGCUGACAGGUGCUUAAGGAUAGAAAGGCCAAAGUACUCACGAGGAGGAAACACUUUCUGUAAACACAUUUUCCAGCUGCUCUUUUUAACGCAGCUACAUGAGCCAAUGUGAUGAGGCAGAUGUUAUAGCUGAGAAAAAAAACCAACAACACACUAUUAUAAGCUGUUUUUUCAACAAGCGUUACUCGCUUAAAUUGUUUAUAGAUUUUCAGAGUUUAUGUUUAAAAACAGAGAUGAUGGUAUAAUUAUUUUUAUCUCAUUCAGUGUUAAUCAGUCCUUAUUGGAUUCAAAUAAUGUUCAGGAUUUUUAUGAAUUAAAAGUUUAAGACACUAGUAUAAAUGUUGUCAAAAAUAAACAUCUCUUAAAGGUGUUUUGUCAUUUAUUUAUUUAAUGAUCCCAUAAGAAAUACUUGUCAUUUAUCUUCAAUAACUACUGUAUUUUUUUGUGUCUCUGGACUUGUGUAAAGAGUGUUGUUUUAUUAUUGUUUCCUGGAGGAGGUAGACUUAAAAAGUCUAAGAUAGUCUUAAGUCU